CAGGUUACAAUGGCUUUGAGAGAUGCAGGUCUGGAAUCAUCAAAUCUUAUUCUUGGAAUAGAUUUCACCAAAAGUAAUGAAUGGACAGGCAAAUAUUCGUUCAACAAUCGGAGCCUGCAUGCCAUUGGUGAUGAACCUAAUCCUUAUGAGAAAGCCAUAUCUAUUAUCGGAAAGACAAUAGCUCCCUUUGAUGAAGACAACUUAAUUCCUUGUUUCGGUUUUGGUGAUGCCACUACACAUGACCAAGAAGUGUUUAGCUUUCAUAGUGAUCAUUCUCCUUGCCAUGGCUUUGAAGAAGUUAAAGCCUGCUAUAAUAAGUUAGUUCCAAACUUGCGUUUGUCAGGGCCUACAUCUUACGCACCGGUAGUUGAUGCUGCAAUAGACAUAGUGGAGAAAAGUGGUGGACAAUACCAUGUUUUGGUUAUCAUAGCAGAUGGCCAGGUUACAAGAAGUGUCGAUACAAGUGAUAGGGAACUCAGCCCACAAGAAGAGAAAACAAUCAACGCAAUAGUCAAUGCAAGUUUUUCUCCUCUCUCAAUUGUUCUUGUUGGCGUCGGAGAUGGACCAUGGGAAGACAUGAAAAAAUUUGAUGACAAGAUCCCUGCUCGCGACUUCGACAAUUUUCAGUUCGUUAAUUUUACUGCUAUUAUGUCAAAAGAAACAACUCCCUCUGAGAAGGAAGCUGCAUUUGCUCUAGCUGCACUAAUGGAGAUCCCUAUCCAGUAUAAAGCAACUACUGAACUUGGUCUAUUAGGACGUGUGACGGGAAAAGUAAGGAAGAUAGUUACGCGCCCUCCUCCAGUUCCGUAUGCUCAUCGUCCAGCAUUCCCAGUUCGAGAAUUAAGCAACAGUUCAACAGCUGCUCAAGAUGAACGAAACCAGGUCUGCCCAAUUUGCCUGAGUAACGGGAAGGAUAUGGCCUUUGGGUGUGGACACAUGACUUGUAAAGAAUGUGGCACAAGAUUGUCCAACUGUCCCAUAUGCCGCCAGCAGAUUAGCAGCCGUCUCAGGGUGUAUAGUGGAUGACCGACAGUUCCCGGAGUUGUUAAUAUGCACAAACGUUUUGCCUGUUGUUUAUUGAGGAUGAUCUGCUUCCUAGUAGUGAGAAGACUUGAAGCAGAGUUGCCUCUGCUUUAUUGACAUAGUUUCUUACCUGUCAAACGUUGUCCUUCAAAAUCCGGCAUUGUACAAAUUCAACUAUGUUAAAUACCCAUCUACAAUAUACGAUUCACAGAAGAGUACGCACAAUCUUGCUGUGAGAUCAUAUAUUGUCUAAUUUAGCAGUGGCUUUUUAGAACGGAAUAUCUCCACCUUCAAAGGGCUUUGAGGUAGUAUGGCAUACAACCAC